AUGUCUGCCGCAAAGAGCAGGCUUGCGAAACUUGCGUCGCAUUUUCUCCCCGCAUCUUCUCCGCAAGUAGCUGAUGCGCCUGAUGUUGAGUUCAGGCAUUGCCAUCAUAUUCAUACGUUGUCGCCAACCUUUUUCUUACCCCGAGCAGCACAGAUUGAACCUGAGGCAAUUGCAAUUUACCAUCGUACCGCAAACAAUCAGAUACUGCGACGGACAUAUCUGCAGGCCGCUGAUCGAGCGAGAGGCUUUGCCUACUUUGUUAAGAAGAGAGAAUAUAACAAGGUUGGGAUCUUGUGUCCCAACACGCCUGCUUUUCUUGAAGCAAUUUUUGGGAUAGGAGCUGCUGGUGCAGUCAACGUUGCUGUUAAUUAUCGCUUGAAAUCUGAAGAUAUAACAUACAUCUUUGACCAUGCCGACGUCGAUGCGAUUCUUGUGGACGUGGAGUUUCAGCAAUUACUUGAUGGCUUCCGAAAAGACCAUCCGAAUAUCCCCUUUUUGAUCGACACCGAUACUGAAUUUUCACAUGGCCCAUUCGCUGGCCCGUACGAUGAGGCUGUGCUUGAGGGAUUGGAGUAUGAUAAAGAGACUGGUAGUAAAGGCUGGGAUGGCCUCGAGACGCUUCCCCCUGAUGAGAACGCGGUCAUGGCUCUUGCAUAUACAAGUGGCACCACAGCCAGGCCGAAAGGUGUUGAAUACACGCAUCGAGGAGCUUAUAUGGCCACUAUGGGCAAUGUGAUAGAGUCGGGGCUAAAUUACCACAAAGGAAGAUGUCGAUAUUUAUGGACGUUGCCGAUGUUUCAUGCUAUGGGAUGGACAUUCCCCUGGGCUGUGACGGCUGUCCGUGGCACACACUAUUGUUUAAGGAAGAUUGACUAUCCAGAGAUCUGGCGCUUGUUGAAGGAAGAACACAUUACUCACUUCAAUGCUGCUCCAACAGUCAACACACUUCUGUGCAAUGAUAACAAUGCUGAACGCCUGCCUGAUCCCGUCAGAGUGACCGUAGCUGCCAGCCCGCCGACUGCACAUUUGUUCGAGCAGAUGACGGGUUUGAACUUACAUCCAGUACAUGUAUACGGCUUAACUGAAACGUAUGGCCCUAUAACGAAGAGUUACCACAUGCCUGGUUGGGAUGAUCUGCCUGAUAAAGAGAGGUACCAGAAGAUGGCUCGUCAGGGUCAUGGAUUCGUGUCCAGUCUACCAAUUCGGGUAAUCAAAACAGAUGUGCCCGAAGGGAACAUUGUUGACGUGGAACGAAAUGGAGAGGAGAUUGGGGAGAUCGUAUUUGCCGGUAACAUAUGUGUAAAGGGGUAUUACAAGGAUCCAGAAGCAACCAGGAAGCUAUUUGCAGGAGGUGUUUUGCACUCCGGUGACCUGGCCGUUAUGCAUCCUGAUGGAGCAGCUCAGAUCCUGGACAGAGCUAAAGAUAUUAUCAUCAGUGGCGGCGAGAACAUAUCUUCUCUUGCUCUGGAAUCAAUGCUCGUCACACAUCCCGACAUCCUCGAAGCGGGUGUAGUCGCAGUCAAAGAUGAGCAGUGGGGAGAAAGACCAAAGGCAUUCGUCACAAUUCAAGCCGGCAAAAAGAUGAAAGGCGAGGAUGUGGUUCAUUGGGCGAAGAAUAACAGCAGUAUCAGCAGGUUCAUGGUUCCGAAAGAAGUCGAAGUCGUGGAAGAAUUGCCGAAGACAAGUACAGGUAAGAUCAAAAAGAAUGUACUGAGAGAAUGGGCAAGGGGCGGAAAGCCCGAAAGGAUUACAAAUGCAUGA